AUGAAGAAGAUGAUCAUGUUGGUGGUUGCAAUGGUUCGGCGUCGGAGAUGUUCAUGGUGGCCUUGGUGUCGGUGGUCUGGUGUCGAAGGUGUUCGUGGUACUGGUGGUUUGGUACGAUGGUUCUCAUGGGUGGUCGGUGAUGAUGAUGGUGGAAGAUUUGGUGCCUCCGGAUUGCAAAAAUGCACAGCUGCUAUGAGGCUAAUAGCUUAUGGCACCUCUGCUGAUUCUGUAGAUGACUACAUUCGAAUUAGUGCAUCUCUUGUAAGAGAUUCACUACAACAUUUUGUGGAAGGAAUUGUCUCUUACUUUAGUGAUGAAUACCUUAGAAAGCCCAAUGAAGAAGAUCUAGUAAGACUACUAAGAAUUGGUGAACGUCGAGGAUUUCCAGGUAUGCUAGGUUCUAUUGAUUGCAUGCAUUGGCGGUGGAAAAAUUGUCCACUUCGAUUAAAAGGUAUGUUUUCUAGAAGACCAGGUAAGCCCACAUUAAUAUUGGAAGCUGUGGCAUCAUAUGAUCUUUGGAUCUGGCAUGCUUUUUUUGGGACACCAGAUAGUCGUAAUGAUAUUAACGUUCUUGAUAGAUCCCCUUUGUUUAACGAUGUUUUUGAAGGUCGUGCACCUUCUAUUAACUAUGUUGUGAAUGACCAUCAUUACAAUAUGGGAUAUUAUCUCGCUGAUGGCAUAUAUCCUAAAUGGGCAGCAUUCAUUCCUACAAUAUCACUACCACAAAAUGAAAAAGAAGGUCUUUUUGCCAAAUUACAAGAAGCUAGACGAAAGGAUGUUGAGCGUGCUUUUGGAGUAUUACAAGCUCGUUUUGCAAUAAUACGGAAUCCUGCGCUAGCUCGUGACGUAUUAAUGUUAGGAAAAAUAAUGAUAGCAUGUAUCAUUAUGCACAAUAUGAUCGUUGAGGACGAAAGAGAUACGUAUAAAACGUAUUACGAUCCAAAUGAAUAUGAUCAAGCUACAAACGCGUCUUCAAGUAAUAGAAACACUGAAGAGCCUUUUCAUUUCGAAAAUAGCAACAACCGAAUUGCAAGUUUGAAAAUUUAUAUGUCUAAUAGAGCUCGUGUUCGUGAUGAAGCUAUGCAUAAUGCCUUAAAGAAAGACUUACUUGAACAUAUGUGGCUCAAAUCCGGUGUUCACAGUAGGCAAAAUAAUUUGCGUUAA